UUGGCAUGGCCGCAUUCUGGAUUUGUUUAAUCCAAUCUUGACAUUUUGGAUUGUCGGCUUGUAAUUUCAAGAACCAGUCAUGAUUCCCAUAGUCGACAUUAUUUUUCAGUGUAAAGCUUCAAGAACUGCCCUCCUUGGCAUCUAAUGCCUUGGUAUCCAAAAAUUUUUACUGAAAUUCAUACCAGAAACAAUUACCAUGGCUCAAUCCUUUGCAUUCGAGAUCGCCGGAAAAGUAUUGGAGAAACUGGGGACUGGUACCUAUGAAAGAAUUAGCUUGGCAUGGGGUGUUGGAGAGGAGUUUGAAAAGCUGAAGCAGACCCUAGCUGCUAUCAGAGCAGUGGUCCUGGUCCCCUGGAUGCUGAACAACAACAGGCUCCUAACCUUGAGCUCACUCAUUGGCUGCAAAAGUUCAAAGACGCUUGCUAUGAAAUGGAAGAUUUGAUAGACGAGUUCGAGAUCCAAGCGUUGAGGAGGCAAGUCCUGGAACAAGGAAGCAUUGGAAGGAAGGUACGCCAUUUCUUUUCUGGCUCAAACUUUUUGGCAAUUCGCUUUAGGAUGGGCAAUAAGAUAAAAAAGGCAAACGAGAUGUUGAAUGAGAUUGCAGCUAAAACGGCCAACUUUCAUCUCACUGAAAAACAUGAAACUAAUGUCAUACAUCGUGAGAGGGAAACCUACUCCUUUGUUCAGACAUCUAGUGUCAUCGGUCGAGAUGAAGCUAAACAACACCUAGUUAACUUCUUAAAGAAUCCAGCUGAUGGGGAAGAUAUCCCUGUCCUUCCCACAGUUAGGAUCGGAGGUAUUGGGAAAACUACCCUGGCCAAAUUGAUGUUUAACGAGGAGAGUGUGAAGUCGCAUUUUGAAUUGAGAAUCUGGGUGUGUGUUACAGAGGAUUUUGACAUCAAACAACUGAUGAUAAAAAUCAUUAAAUCUGCCACUGGUAUGAACUGCAAGGACAUGAAUAAGGAGGAAUUACAUAAAGUUUUGCAAGAUUGUUUGAAUGGUAAAAGAUUUUUUAUGGUAAUAGAUGAUGUCUGGAUCGAGGACAAGAAGAAAUGGAGUGAGCUGAAAGAUUUGUUGUGUGGGGAAGCCCAAGGGAGUAGAAUCAUUGUCACAACUCGUAGCCGCAAAGUGGCUACAAUCACAGGCACAUCCCUCCAUACGAUUUAGAGCAUCUUUCUGAUGAGAAUUGUCUAUCAUUGUUUCUUAAACUUGCCUUUAAAGAAGGUGAAGAGAAACAACAUGACAAUCUUGUAAAAAUCAGGGAAGGAAUUGUUCAAAAAUGCAAAGGGGUUGCUUUGGCCGUGAAGACUUUAGGCAGCCUACUCCGUUCAACUAGGGUACAACAUGAGUGGGAAGUUGUGAGAGACAGUGAACUAGUGAAGUUGAAACAGGAGGAAAAUGACAUCUUGCCUGCUUUAAAACUAAGUUAUGAUCAUUUUCCCUGGUAUUUAAAGCAAUCUUUUGCCUUUUGUUCAGUUUUUCCAAAAGAUUUUGAAUUCGGUCAUUACCGUUUGAUCCGAUUGUGGAUGGCAAACGGCUUUUUGCAAUCGCGAUACGAAAAUGAAGAGCCAGAAGAUAUUGGGAAUCGGUAUUUGCAAGAGUUACAAUCAAGAUCUUUCUUCCAACAAGUUGAAGAUGAUAUUAUUUAUUCUGCCUUUAAAAUGCAUGAUUUAGUACAUGAUCUUGCAUUAUCAGUGGCGCAAAAUGAGGUGAAUUCAUGUAACCAUUAUUCGACUGGGAAUGUUCAACAUUUAUCGUUUGAUCUAUCAAAGCAAGAUGCUUCCCAGUUACCAAAUAACUUGGGUUGUCUGCAGUCACUUUUCUUAUUAGAUGAAGAAGGCAAGGUUGAUAGCGAAUCUCUUAUUGCAGAAGGCAUCUCAGGGUCUAAACAUUUGAGGGUGUUAGAUUUGGCUAACUGCAGUUUAGAGCAAUUGCCAAACAACAUACGUUAUUUAAAGCAGUUGAGAUAUUUGAACCUAGCCUAGAAUGGAAAUAUAAAAAGACUUCCAAAUUCCAUUUGCAAUUUGCAGAGUUUGCAAACACUUGACCUUUAUGAAUGUAGGGGAAUUGAAGAUUUACCAAAAGGCAUAAGGUAUCUAAAUUAGCCUUAGAAAAUUAAUGGUAACAACAAAACAGACACGUUUGCAAGAGAAUGGAAUAUCGUGCUUAAGUUCUCUUCGGACUUUGGGUUUUUUUAAAUGUGAAAAUUUAGAAAAUUUGUUUGAAGACAUUCAAAACCUCACAGCCCUUCGAGAAUUGUACAUCGAUGAAUGAAACAACUUGGUUUCAUUGCCACAAGGUUUAAAAUUCCUAACUACAUUACAAACUUUGGCAAUUUCAGAUUGUGAAAACCUUGAUCUCACUAAUGGGCAGCUGGAUCUUGAGAGAAAAGUAGAUGGUAGUCGCCGGAAACUGGCGAUUGGAGGAUGCCAAAGCUGGAGUCACUACCCCAAUGGGUUCUUCUAGGAUCCACCAAACAUUGCAGCACUUGUUCAUCAGCAACUUGGAGAAUGUCUUGACGUUACCAACGUGGUUCCAACAUUUCACAUCCCUUCAAAUUCUUUACGUUAGAAAUUGCUCAAAGUUGUCGUCUCUACCAGAAGGAACGCAUCACCUUACUGCACUUAAAAUAUUAAUGAUUGAAAGGUGUCCAAAGUUAAGCAAAAGAUGCAUUAAAGAAAACGGUGAAGACUGGCCUAAGAUUGCUCAUGUCCCUGACUUUUAUUGUGAAGCCAUGAAGACCUCAACAACAGAUGAUGAAUAGAUAAGGUCAAAUUUGAAGAUGUUGAAGUUGUGUUCGAUGUUUUCUACAUAUGUUAAAGUAUGCAUUGUUGAUUCCUAAGGUAUAUGUGUUUGUAAUUUGAUUUGUGUCAAAGACAAUGAUGUAAUUUCGUGAUGAUUGGAUAGACAUUAGGGAAGGAUGAAGUGUUUUGGGUUGAAGCAAGUUCGAUGUGAGAGGGGCUUCAACUAGCUUGAGAUAAGGGCUAUCGACAAAUUGAGCUUGAAUCGAAUAAUGCUUUGUUAGUUGAAUUAAUGUUAGCCAGUAACUCUUCUGCUAGUCAUAUUGUAGAAUGACUUGCUAUUCACAAAAUAUUUUAUAGAAAUUGAAAAGUUUGGAUCCGUUACAUUCCCAAAACGCAUAAUGAAGUUGCAGGCUUUAUGGCUAAA